CUUGAAAAUAGCACCUUGUAGCCAUGAAGGUUCCAAGAGAACCCUGUUUCAAGGCGACCGGAAGGGAAGCAUGCUUUUCUAGGGGCUCUGUUAAGUUGGUGACCACAAUGAAAAAUGGGAGCCAAGAUGAUCUGGUAACUGACACACUACCCAAGCGCAAGAGCUCCAAAGAAUGGUUGGAACCACAGCCGCUUUCUUUUAUGGAGAUUUUAGCUAAAGAAGAUACUGAUGCAGCUGUUCAAUCAAUAUUAUGUAGAGAAAAUUAUGUAAUGAAGGAACUAGAUAAGUAUUUAUAUCAUCACGACUUCUUAAAUGCAAGAAGAAAAGAGAUGUUGUAUAAAAAAUGGGUUGAAUGUGUGUCAGAUCCUCUCCAGAAGAAAAUUAUAGAAAAAGUAUGUUCACAAAAGAAGAUUAAAAAGACGAGACGACAAGAAUCGGAUGAUUUUUUGAGAUAUGUAAAUAAGAAGGGAAAUGCAUUUAUAAAGCAUUAUGAUACAAAAGAAUAUGAUCCAUUUUAUAUGUACAAAGAAGACCCCAAUUUUCUGAAGGUUGUCAUGCCACCAUUUCGUGACCCUUUGAAAAAGGCACAAUAUGACAAGGAUGAUGAAAAAAGAACUCUUCUUCAGUGUGAAACUGGUAAAAUCUACACAAUGAAAGAAUUUAAAGAGAUUGAGACGGUUCAGUUGAAUUCCAGAUUCCCGAGUAUUUCUAAUUUAAGGCAACGUAUAACUCCAAAUGAAUGGCUUAGAGUGCCCUUGAAAUAUAUAGAAAGUGAAUUUUGUAAAAGGAGCAGGUUGAAAGUGAAGAUGAAUUUUAAUGCUAGUAGUUUUGAUUUGAACCCGUUGAAAAGUGUACCUCAUAUUCUGGAAAAGCAGAGGAAAAAAAAGACAGUCAGUUACAAAGAAAAAGGACUCUCCUCUCUGGACAUUGAAGCGCUGUGCCUCCAGGAGGGAAAGAACCCAAGCUCCAAAGGGAUCAACUGUGAAGGUCACCAUUCUGCAAACCUAGGCCAGGAGGUAGAAUGA